AUGAGGAUUGGGGUAACGCCCUUAGCGGACUUUCUGGUCUCAGGGAGAUUCACCUCUCUACUUGUGGACUUUCAGAAUGUCUCGUCCUUGGUUUCUCUUGAUCUCUUUUCUUGUGGUCUCAAGGGUUCCAUCUCUUCAGAUUUCUUGCACCGUUCAAGCAUGAGCAAUAUUCAGUUGUCAUUUAACAGCUAUCUUGGAGGAGUAAUUACUCACUCCUUUGCAAAUUUUUCAAUGCUUCAGACAUUGGCUCUCUCAUGGAAUAAUUUCACAGGGGAUUUACCCCCUUUUGGAUCAGCAUCUGGAAUUGUCUUUCCUUUUUGGAGAAUUGAUCUUUCACAUAACAAUUUGAAGGGCGGUAUACCGUCAUCCUUUGGUAGGCUUUCUUCCCUUCAACAUCUAGACCUCAGUUACAACCAACUACAUGGUCUUAUCCCUCUAUUUUGGGAUCAGUUGUCUGCACUAUCUGAACUACAUCUAGAGAAUAAUCAGUUGUUCGGAACAUUUCCACACACCAUUUCAAAGCUUAUCCUACUACAAAAGUUGUUUCUCAGCUCCAACAAUUUAAACGGCAGCAUUUCUGAUUCCUUGUUGGAAAAUCUGGCUAACCUCAAAGGAUUGGACUUUUCUGGAAACCAAUUUGUAGUUGAUAUCUCUUUGAGUUGGAUUCCGCAGCUUGCCCAACUGGAGUACCUGGGGUUAAGGUCUUGUAAUCUUCAAGGGGAGAUUCCUGGUUUCUUGUCUACUCAAUACUCAUUACAAAAUGUGGACCUGUCAGAAAACCACAUUGUGGGAAAUAUUCCUACUUGGUUGUGGGAUCUUCUUGAUCUUCAAGUGCUCAAUCUUUCACAUAAUCGACUGGAAGGUUCUUUGCCCCCUGUUAUUUCCAUGUCCAAUCCAAGUAUAGACCUGCAUAACAAUAGCUUACAUGGCUCUAUUCCAGAUUUUACUCCAUUAUAUUUAGACAUGUCAGAAAACAGGUUCAACGGUUCUAUUCCACGUUCUAUAUGCUCAGGAUAUUCAAUGAUUAUAUUUCUAGAUCUGUCAAAGAAUGGGCUAACUCUAUACCCUAAGAUUAUCAGUGCCUUCAAACUCAUGGAUCUUUCCCACAACAAGCUAUCAGGAAAUCUUCCUCUGGAAAUAGGAGACCUUAAGGGUUUAAUUGCUCUGAACAUUUCAAACAACAGUCUGAGAGGCAGCAUUCCUGAAUCCUUGGGAGGAAUGGGUUAA